AUGUUUGGGUCUUUGAGUGAGGUGCCAUCACCAAUUGAGCUGAGGCGCAUGAGGAGUGGGCGAUGAAGACGUCGUGCAUGACACGUGGCAGGACCUGUGUCUGCCGGUUUUUGCGGUACUAAUUCGAGGGUGGCAAUAAUGAAAGCGGCACUAUUGCGCG